AUGUCUAGCAAAUCCGAACGAUUCGUGCAUGCCUUGGACGAGCGAAAUCUUCCCAAAGGCUUUGCGGUCUCUGCGACGUACGCAGGUAUCAAAGCCGCCAUCUCGCCAGUCGCUACUCCACCCGCAGCCAAGACCAGCAACCUGAACCCUAAACCAGAUCUGGCACUGAUCGUCUCGGCAACUCCAGCUGCAGCAGCAGGCUGCUUUACUCGCAACGCGUUCAAAGCUGCCCCGGUCGUGCUAUCGAGUCAAUUGCUGAUAGAUGGCGCUGGCUCACCGGCCGGUGCCCGAGCUCGAAGCGUACUGGUCAAUUCAGGCUGUGCAAACGCAGUGACGGGACUCAAAGGAUUUCAAGACGCUCAAGAGUGCGCUUCGACCAUCGCCGAGCUGCUGCCUACUCCUCCAGCCGUGGCUGAAAGACAAGAGAGGGGCGAUCUGCUACCAAGAGGCAAGGAAACGCUGCUGCUCAGUACCGGUGUCAUUGGGGUGCCUUUGCCCAUGCAGGCCAUCAAGAAAUGCUUGCCUCACUUGACCAGCGGGAAUGUGCUCAGAGGCGACAAGGAUGCUUGGUUGGAGACGGCCAGGGCCUUCAUGACCACCGACACUUUCCCCAAGCUUCGAGCGCGGAGGUUUGAGCUGGGUGGUAGAGAUGUCAGCAUCGUGGGCAUUGACAAGGUGCGUUGCGCUGUCUAGCUGGAGGUUUGCCAGAGCGAAACACAGACACGCGUGUAUUGCAGUCUGACAUUCAAGGCCUGCUUCUGCGCCAUCUGCUAGGGUGCUGGAAUGAUCCACCCUUCAAUGUCGGGUCCCGUCCCCGCUCUCCAAGGUCUGCAUGCUACCUUGCUCGGCUUGGUCUGCACCGACGCUCCGAUCGCUCCUCCCGCUUUGCAAUCGGCAUUGGAGCACGCCAUGUCGCGUACAUUCAACUGCAUAAGCGUCGACGGCGACAUGUCCACCAACGACACGAUCUUGUGUCUCGCCAACGGGCUAGCACCCGAUAUGGAAGGGGAAGCUGGGGAAUUGGCAAUAGCACAAGGCGAAGAGAUCACCAAGGAGGGGCAUCCUGAAGAGUACGCCGUGUUUGAAAAGGAACUGACAGAAUUCUGCAAAGAGUUGGCUCACCUAAUCGUCAGAGAUGGAGAGGGAGCUACAAAGUUCGUGGAGAUCAAGGUAAAGAAUGCGCCCACUUUCGAACAUGCGCACGCCAUCGCUUCGAGCAUCAGCACUUCCGCGCUGGUCAAGUGUGCUCUGCACGGGGGUGAUGCGAAUUGGGGAAGGAUACUGUGCGCUGUGGGUUAUGCCCCUUUGCCUCAGCUCGAUUCAUCAGCGCAGGGAUGGCAAAUCGAUCCUACGCGGGUCACUGUCUCCUUUGUGCCUCCAGAAGCCGCAUCCGAUGGUGGGCAGACACACGAGACACUCGUAGUGCUCAAAGAUGGCGCUCCGCAAGCAGUCGACGAGGAGAAGGCAGGCCGCCUGUUGGCCUUGGAAGACAUUAACAUUGUGGUCGAUCUUCAAGGCGGCAGCUUUGGUGCCGAAAGCGCUAAGGAGGAGGCUUGCUACUGGACUUGCGACUUUAGCAAAGAGUACAUUUCUGUGAGUGAAUGCUGAGUCACUCAAAGUGGAACGUGCGUGCAUUUGAGCUAAGCGCCUACCUAGCUUACCCGUCCCGGUCUCGUCUUGUCUACAGAUCAAUGGCGAUUACAGGUGAGCUGGUCCCGAUGGAUGCAAAAGUAAAGGCCUUGUGGAAGCUCUUUGAUCGCUGACCACUUCUACCAUCCUCUUCUCUCGUCUACAGGUCCUGA